UGCCUCUCCUCGCUGCACCGGAUAACCUGCAUCCGCGCGCACCGGGUGGGGAGUUCGCGCAGCGGACUGAGCCUGCGCGAAGUCGGCGGAGACGCGUGCCUACGGGAAGGUGGCCGGGAAGGAGGGCCUGGCCCUAGAGGGGAAAAGCCAGAGAUGGACCUUGUGAGAUUCGCCCGGCUCUUCUCCGGCCCUCGCCCAGUGGGACUGUAUGCCCUUCAGCACCUUGACCCUCUCAGAGCCAAAUGGGCAGGAGGCAGGGAGGGGCCUAAAUGGCUGAGGGCUUCGGGGCUGACACAAGCCUGCAGCAGCUCUCCCUCUCAACUGCCCCUUGGCCAGGGGAACCAGAAGAACAGGAGCAGCGUCAGCUCUGACCUGAGCCAGCCCGGCCCCAUGGCCACUCAGGAGGAAGAGGAAGAGAGCUUUGGGACCCUCUCCAACAAAUAUUCCUCAAGGAGAAUGUUCCAAAAAUCGACAGCCCAGUUGUAUAACCUACGGCUCAGGGAACAGAGUGCUGACGAAGAUGAGGAGAGGGACCUGGAGCCAAAGCCAUGGCGGGGCCGGAAAAACACCCCUUACUGGUACUUCUUCCAGUGCAAACACCUGAUCAAAGAAGGAAAGCUGGCAGAGGCCCUGGAGCUGUUUGAGAGGCAGAUGCUGAAGGAGGAGCGACUCCAGCCCCUCGAAUGCAACUACACGGUGCUGAUCGGGGGCUGCGGGCGAGCCGGAUACCUGAAGAAGGCCUUCAGGCUCUACAAUGAUAUGAAAAAGCGGGACCUGGAGCCCUCAGAUGCCACAUAUACGGCCCUGUUCAACGUCUGCGCUGAGUCCCCCUGGAAGGACUCUGCUCUGCAGAGUGCCCUGAAGCUCCGGCAGCAGCUCCAGGCCAGAAACUUCCAGCUCAACUUGAAAACAUACCAUGCACUGCUGAAGAUGGCCGCCAUGUGCGCAGACCUCAGGAUGUGCCUCGAUGUGUUCAAGGAAAUUGUCCAGAAAGGGCAUGCAGUCACCGAGAGGACCUUCAGCUUGCUGCUCAUGGGCUGCAUCCAGGACAAGAAGACGGGUUUUCGAUAUGCCCUGCAGGUGUGGAGGCAGAUGCUGAGUCUGGGGCUGCAGCCAAGCCAGCAUGGCUACAACCUGCUCCUGGGGGCAGCUCGAGACUGCGGCCUGGGGGACCCGGAGGUGGCCUCGGCACUGCUCCUGAGGCCCAGGGAGGAGACAGUCUUGCUCCAGCCCCUUGCAGGUGGGUUUCGGGCAAGGAGGAGAGCCCAGGCCCGGGGGGGCGACGGCAUGUCAGUCAGGCUGGACGUGGAGGCCCUGGAGAGGCAGCUGUUUCUGGAACCUUCUCAGGUGCUUGAGGGCCCUCUGGAGCCUCAGGAAGCCAGAGGCCCCAGCAAGGCCCAGCCCGAGGUGGAAACCAAGACAGAGCCUGACCACAUGGUGGCCCUCACUUCUUUGGCCCCAGAGCCUUCUCCCCGGGGGCCGGAGACCAACCUCCUGACCUUGGGAGCAGUCUCCCCAGCUGUGGUCUCCUUUGGGACUGUGACCACCCCGGCUGACCGGCUAGCCUUGAUGGGGGGCCUGGAGGGCUUCCUGGGCAAGAUGGCAGAGCACGGGCUCCGACCCAACAUCAAAACCCUCACACUGCUUGCUGAGGUGGUGGAGCCCGGGAGUCCCGCGGAGUCCUCACUGCUGACCGUCCUGGACAUGCACCAGGUGGAGGCUGAUGUGACGUUCUUCAACACGCUGAUGAGGAAGAAGAGCAAGCUUGGAGAUCUGGAGGGGGCGAAGGCUCUGCUGCCACUCCUGGCAAAGAGGGGGAUCCUUCCCAACCUGCAGACGUUCUGCAACCUGGCCAUUGGGUGCCACAGGCCGGGGGACGGCCUGCGACUACUCGCAGACAUGAAGAAAUCCCAGAUGACCCCCAACACCCACAUCUACAGCACCCUCAUCAACGCCGCCCUCAAGAGGCUGGACUACACCUAUCUCAUUGACAUCCUGAAGGACAUGAGGCAGAACAGAGUCCCAGUGAAUGAGGUGGUCAUCCGCCAACUGGAGUUUGCAGCCCAGUACCCACCCAGCUUUGAUCGGUACAAAGAGAAAAACACCUACUUGGAGAAGAUUGAUGGCUUCCGAGCUUAUUACAAGCAGUGGCUGAAAGUGAUGCCAGCAGAGGAAACCCCCCACCCGUGGCAGAAGUUCCGGACCAAGCCCAAGGGGAACGAAGACGCCAUCACUGAGGCUGACGUGGACAGAGGCCUUGGAGGCAGGUGAAGGGAGGCCCCGGGGGACUUCCGGCAGAGCUGGAACAGAGUGCAUGGUGUUUACAGGGCUCCAUGGGAGCCCCGGGAUGCUUUCCAUAGCUGACCCACAAAUGUGUUCCAGUGGCCUCCAGCGCAAGGGAAUGGUCGGGCCCAGAGGAAGCGCUGCAGCAUUCUGCAGGCAUUGGUACAAGGACACACUAGGCCCAGGGCCUGACGAGUCCAUGGCAGAUCCAAGAGCAAACCGGCUGAUCUUGGCACGCCCUCUCAGGUCAUCCUUGCCCCCAUCACCAAUGGGGAAAGUGAACUGGCUCAGAGUCACACAGCACCUACAAGGUGGAGUCAGGAUUGAGUCCCAAGGGUGACGGGUCACUGGGGUCUGGUGCUCACCCACUGGGUUCUACAGAUGGCUGGCUCUCUGAAAGAACAAAUGCAGGGCCCAAAAGGUUUAAAAGUUUUAUUUCUACAAAUCACAGCUGAUAAACACCAAAGCCUUAACAUGUAGAGACCAUGCUCCCACUCGGGCCUGGAGCACCGCUCUGCGAGAAGAGCUGCUCCCAGGAGAAGGCGUGAUGGGACAGGCAGAAACCUGCGAAGUCCAAGGUUCAGGGUGAAGAGAGGUCGGGGCCCGAGGGCCUCAGCCAGAGCAGCCCCGACAGCCGCAGUGCGUGCACUCGAUGAUCCGGCCCUGCAACAGAGGACAGCUGAGACACCGCACUUCCCCCACGCGCGGCAAUCCUCCCACCAAGAAGGUGGUGGGACAUUCACGAUCUACCGUGACACUCUCCAGAGUGUCUGCAGGACACUCUUCAGAAAGCCCUCCAUGAUGGAUGGAAACAGCUACUGUGGACCCUGAAGCUACACUUCUGUGCACUUAAUAUAUGCAAAUUCUAUGUGCAUGCUUAUGCCCCCACCACAAAAGGAAAAAAAAAAACCUGUGAGCAAUUCUUGUUAUUCUAUGAAGUGAGCAUGACACACCCUUCAAUGCGCUGGAAGUUGGGUCUGUGUACUACUUGGGGCUCAGUGCCAGGGGCCUCUGGGCUGGGGAACUUUCUCGUGGGGGCACCGGGAAAGAGGACAUACACCUGAAUCUAUAUGGCAGCCAAAGAGUCCUAUCCCCUGGACCAGGUGGGCCCCAAUGUCUGGCUGGGGGCUUGCCCAACAGAAGGCCCUAGAGCAGUGAUUUGUCUUGAUUUUCCUUUUUCCUGUUUUGGAGGAGCAAGACCCUUACCUAAGCAAACAAGAUCAGAAGGUGAAACCCAACUAAAGCUAAAGCAGGCUCUAUCCUGGCCGCAGGGCUGGGGCAGCACCCCAGACCCAAUGCCACCACAGAAUCCUGGGGCUCUCAGAGGGGAGGCUUCUGCCACUUCACCACCCCUCCCUGCCCCUACCAGAAAAUUCACACCCAGAUUCUUCCCUUGGGGAGGCAGCCCUCUUCGAUGCCCCCUGCCCUUUGGCCUUCCAUGUGAUUCAGGGAGACAGAGCUACCUGCUGAGCUAAAGCCCCGUGCCUGGAGUCAAAGCUCUGUAAACUGUAACUAGUGUGCAGCAUAGAGGGACCCUGUGAUGAGGCGCCUGUGUGACAGGUGGCCAACUGGGAGGCAGGCAGUCCAGUCUGACCACCCGGCUCGGCCCACAACGAGCAGCCAAGGGUGCUUCACUCAAAGGCCACUAAGGCUAACAUCACAGUAACUGUCUGCCUCCUUCUCUAGCUCCAGUUCAGAGAGGCUGAUGCUGUAAGCUCAGCUACUGCACACCCAGCAUCAUUCCGGAGCUCCCCAGAGAACAAGAUUCUGACAGAAGAAAUACAGUGUAAUUCUGAGGAAAAGGAGGCCUGGAAAAAAGGGUACCUGAAGAGUGAGCCCCAGAGGGGAAGGACAGGAAUGUCUGCUUACUGGCCUGUGCUUCCCUGACUCAGCCUUCCCACCCCCAGGUCAUACAUGAGGAAGGACUUCAGUAACUUGCCCAAGGGUGGAGUUGAGACUGACCCCCCCAGACCUAACACGCCAUUGCUGCCAAACUGCCGGGUGUGGGUUCCCCGAGAGAGCGAUUCCCUCUCUUGGGAAUGGCCAGCAGGCCAUCCAGCAAUAAGGACUACUUUCCAGCCCAACAAAACAGUGUAAAAUCCCCUGGCGUCACCCAGGACACACUUCUGAACUGAAAAAGGAACCUCCAACUUGAUCAUCAGAUGUUACAGGGGCGGAGACCUCACUUACCACUUCCAGCUUGCUUUUGGGGACCCGGCAAAUGCAAUUCGUCCCAAAAUUGGUGUCCCGUGUCUGAAUGCACCGCAGGCAGCAUAAAUUCUCAUACCCCUGCUUUUUCCAUUUUGCGAUCAGGUUUUUGUCUGCGUAGCCUUCUUUAAUACAAUAUUCAUAUAGUUCUGUCCAAAAAAUGGGGAAAGGGCAUCAGACCACGGUAUAACACAGCUGCUCCAACCCAUCACCACUCUUCCUUAAAAAGACUAUUUCGCCAACAGUGGUCCCUCCCCGCCUUUUUUAGUGAUAAGACAAAUGACAUUUGCUAAGGCUGUAAGAAUAAGAACCAUUAAAUAAAUGUAAAAGCCA